AUGCCUUAUUUGACCAAAUCUCUGAUUUUAUUUCUAUGUUUUGCCAUUACCGGGGAAUGUUAUAAGCACGGUCACCGGGUGCGAAGGUGGGCCGGUACUGGGGAGACCCCAAAGCAUGGCACCUCCUUGUCAAAGAAGCCUCCAGAUGUGACGAAAUCUCGCAAAAUGAAGACAGAACACCUGCUAAAAGUAGAUGACCAUGACUUCACCAUGAGGCCAGCAUUUGGAGGUCCUGCAAUCCCUGUUGGAGUGGAUGUUCAGGUGGAGAGCUUGGACAGCAUCUCUGAAGUUGAUAUGGACUUCACCAUGACCUUGUAUCUGAGACACUACUGGAAGGAUGAGCGUCUGUCCUUCACCAGCAGCACCAACAAGAGUAUGACGUUCGAUGGCCGUCUGGUGAAGAAAAUUUGGGUCCCUGAUGUCUUCUUUGUCCACUCUAAGAGAUCCUUUAUCCACGAUACGACUACUGACAACAUCAUGCUCCGCGUCUUUCCUGAUGGACAUGUGCUUUACAGCCUGAGAGUAACAGUAACAGCAGCCUGUAACAUGGACUUCAGUCGCUUUCCUCUGGAUUCUCAAACCUGUUCACUGGAGCUGGAGAGUUAUGCUUACACAGAUGAAGACUUGAUGCUGUACUGGAAGAGCGGAGAUGAGUCCCUCAGCAUUGACGAUCGUAUCUCCUUAUCACAGUUUCUUAUUCAGAAGUUUCAUACCACAUCUCGGUUGGCCUUCUACAGCAGCACAGGCUGGUACAAUCGUCUCUACAUCAACUUCACAUUGAGACGUCACAUCUUCUUCUUCCUGCUGCAGACGUACUUUCCAGCCACACUCAUGGUGAUGCUUUCAUGGGUGUCAUUCUGGAUUGACCGCCGGGCUGUGCCAGCCAGAGUUUCCUUGGGCAUCACCACAGUGUUGACCAUGUCCACCAUCAUUACUGGGGUGAAUGCCUCCAUGCCCAGGGUCUCCUACAUCAAAGCUGUGGACAUUUAUCUCUGGGUCAGCUUUGUCUUUGUCUUUUUGUCUGUGUUGGAAUACGCCGCUGUCAACUACCUGUCCACUGUCCAGGACCGUCGGGAGCGCAAAAUGAGAGAGAGAGUGCGGUCUCAGUCACUGCCCUGCACUUGUGGUAUUUCCCAAACACGAACCAUGACCAUGUUGGAUGGCACCUACAGCGAAGCCGACACCAAUAGUUUGGCCGGCUACACUGAAGAGCCCAUCGUACCUGAGGAAGUACAGGCAGACAUGCACGAGGUUUCUGAUAAACCUGAUCAUAUGGUGGUACACCUGUCAGUGAGUAGUGAGUCCACAACAACGAAGAAGAAGAAGAGCCUUCGUACCCUCAACAUCAUCCAGAACACGCAUGCCAUUGACAAAUACUCCCGAAUGAUUUUCCCUGGUUCGUACAUCUUCUUUAAUCUUAUCUACUGGUCAGUAUACUGCUAAACAACACUGUCAGUCAAGACUGAGGCCAAUGGGGACAUUAGCAUACACAGACAGUAUGAAUGCUACAUCAGUGAGACAAGGGACUAAUUCUGAGUGCUGUUGUGCAGCUAAGUCAUUUUAAUGAAGGACAUGAGCAAAAAAUGUCUUAAAUGUUUCCAAUGUGACUUUGGGAUGUUGUUAAAUUAAAAAAACAAAAAAUAUAAAUUCUGUUCCAAACCACUGAUGCUAAUUCUUGUCGUCUCCUUUAGCUUUCUCAAAUGUCAGCUGCUAUUGGAAAGGUCUUUGUCCAAAUUACUGCUAUUCCUGAUAUGAUGAAGAAACCGUAUAUUUUGUAUUUUAAUUGUAUAGAUAAAGAUACAGUGUAUAGUGUCUG